AUGGCACGGUGGGCGCAAGUCGUGCUGACAGCGCUGGCGUUGUCGGCCGCGCGCGCCUACCUCAUCAUCGUCCCCGACACUGCUCCGCCAGGCUACGUCGUUCUCGACGCGGCCGUAUACAAACUGGGCUCCGAAAGAACCUACACCAUCGACGUCCAUCGCACAGCUAAUUUCGUACACCACAUCCUACGAGUCAACAGAACUUCUGGACUAGUCACGUUGCGAAAAAGGUUACGAUGUGACGGCGUGCUCUAUCCAAACCUUUUCACCUUCUACGUCGACUCCACAUCCGAGCGAAUCAGAGAUAUUGAUUACUACAGCUUACCCAUUAGAAUACUAGUAGCUGGCGAGGAUUGCAGCAGACGACACGCUGACUUAUAUGACAUAGAUUUUGAUAGGGUGUACGAUCAAAACGAUGCAGCUUUACAGUAUGAGGACGAGCACGAAAGAGAUAAAAGGGAAGCUAUUUAUCAAGAGAGUAUAGACUGGAGAUUGUUAGAAGAAGAGGAGUUAGGUUCUAGUCAAUAUAGUGUGCUGUCCACGGCCUAUCCGUGGUCCAACGCGAUGUUUGAAGAUUAUGCGUUUAGAAAUAGAAGUAGGAACAAACGAUCUCCAUUAGUACCCUUUGAUAUGGCCAUAGAUGUGAAGAUAGCUGAAGCGAAACAGUGGAUAUCAGAGACGUACGCCAGUUUCGCGAUACCUACGACGGAUCGCUGGCAGGGUAUUUGCUUAAAGAACUCUCAGUUUAUAAAUUCUCUGACAGCAUUUCUGCCGCGGACAGUUCAAAAACAGUGUAGAGUUCAAUUCUUGGAUGUAAGUGAUCCACGAUUUGUUAUUGAGAACAGUCAAGGUGAUUUGGUAGCGAGCAGUGAUGUGUGUAUUCAAGAACCAAUGUGGAAAGUGUCUGUGCUCUUCACAUUUAAUUGUGAACGGACUAAUAUUGUUGAUUCGGACCAUAGGUUGAAAAUAGUUUAUCACCAUCAAGAGCUGAAUGAUACGGAUAUAGCGAGACGAGUGAAGAGGGAGCUACGUAACCAAUCUCCUUAUUUUGAGCAAGCAUUGUAUGUCGCUUCUGUUGCUGAAGAACAACCUCCAGGAGUUAUAGUCACCACUGUAAGAGCUCGUGAUCCAGAAAACAGCCCGGUCACGUAUUCGAUAUCAAGCUUACUGGACUCCAGGUCAGCUGGCAUGUUCGCUGUGGAUACCAGGUCUGGAGUGAUCACCACGCAGGCUCGGCUGGACAGAGAGAGACUUGACGUUCACUACUUCAGGGUAGUCGCUCAGGAUGACACGUUCCCACCGAGAAGCGGUACCACGACCCUUCAGAUCAACGUGUUAGACUGCAACGAUCACGCACCGGUUUUUGAAAUGCAACAAUAUGAAGCUUCGGUCAGAGAAGGUGCUAGUACUGGCACCACUGUACUUACGCUGAAGGCGACUGAUCAAGACAUUGGCAAAAAUGCUGAGGUUGAAUACUCAAUCGACUCUGUCAAAGCAGAAUCACUGAACCCGGAACUCAUGAACGAUUCCAUAGACUCAGAUCAGAUUGAUGCCAGGGAUGUGUUCAGGGUCGAUGGUAGGAGUGGUGCAUUGCUAACUCGAGCUCCCCUGGACAGGGAGAAGGUAUCCAGGUACACUGUGAUUGUGAAGGCUACGGAUCAAGCCAGCCCGUUGUCCGACCGAAUGUCUAGCAGCGCAACGAUUCACGUAAAUAUCUUGGACGAUAACGACAACUACCCGCAGUUCAGCGAAAAGACAUACACCGUGAAUGUAGACGAAGACAUCAGCGUUGCUGACAAUCCAGUCAUUGCCAGGAUAAAAGCAACGGACGCAGAUGUUGGCCCCAACUCGGCCAUCCGCUACGCUAUCAUCGGCGGCAACACACAAAUGCAGUUUUCCAUCGACAGCCUGAGUGGAGACGUGUCCCUUGUCAAACCGCUAGAUUACGAGCAAGUGCGCAAUUACCGACUUGUGAUAAGAGCUCAGGACGGCGGUAGUCCAUCCCGUUCUAAUACCACACAGCUGCUUAUAAACGUCAAGGACAUUAACGAUAACGCACCGCGCUUCUACACCUCGCUGUUCCAAGAAUCCGUCAGCGAAAAUGUACCUGUUGGAUACAGUAUUGUUAGAGUACAAGCGUACGAUGCCGAUGAAGGUGUGAAUGCAGAACUAACUUACACAUUACAAGAUAAAGAGUACAAUGGCAACAAUGACCUACCGAUCUCGAUAGAUCCACGUUCCGGAUGGGUUUAUACGUCGAGACAGUUGGAUAGGGAGAUUCAGUCAAAAUAUCAACUCCAGGUAACAGCAACUGACAGUGGAACUCCGCCCCGAUCGGCAACAGCGUCCGUGGUAGUGGUAGUACAAGACGUGAAUGACAACGACCCCGUGUUCUCCCCGCCUCAGUACGACGUAGAAUUGGCUGAGGAUGAACCCCCUGGAACCCCUGUUGUAACAGUUACUGCUACAGACGCUGAUGAAGAUAAUAGGUUACACUAUGAAAUCACCGGCGGCAACACCCGAGGUCGUUUCUCCAUAACCUCACAGAACGGCCGCGGACUUAUAACAGUUGCGCAACUCCUCGACUUCAAACAGGAACGAAGAUAUGUGUUAACUGUCACCGCUACGGAUUCUGGCGGAAGAUCGGACACUGCUAUGGUCCAUAUUAAUAUCACAGACGCGAAUAACUACGCGCCAGUUUUUGAAAAUGCACCGUAUACUGCUUCGGUAUUUGAAGAUGCCCCAGUCGGUACAACAGUGUUGGUGGUAUCAGCCACGGAUAGCGACGUAGGAGUGAACGCACAAAUUACUUACACGCUUAGUUCAGAAAUAUCCAAUGAAGCGGUCGCUCAUCAUGAGCAGGAGUUUCUCAUUAACCCACAAACUGGUGCCAUUACUACGAACCGAUUACUGGACAGAGAGACUAUGAGUGGGUAUCUGCUUACUGUGACGGCUCGCGACGGCGGUGUCCCAUCGCUAUCUGAUACAACCGAUGUGGAAAUCUCCGUAGUGGAUGUCAACGAUAAUGAACCGAUCUUCAAGCAGCAACUUUAUACCGCCAGUAUUAUGGAGGAUGCUCUUGUUGGUACAUCGGUGACCCAAGUGAGCGCAACAGACGCGGAUGUAGGUCUCAACGGCCGAGUGCACUAUGAACUUGAACCUAAAGACAGAGAAGAAGGUUCAUUUGUUAUUGACACUGCUUCCGGAGUCAUAAGAACCAACAAGGCUCUAGAUCGUGAGUCUGUGGCGAUAUACGAUUUGAAAGCCUUGGCGAUUGAUGGGGGAACACCGCCUCAGAGUUCUACCGUUAUAGUCCACAUAAAAGUGGAAGACAUCAAUGAUUCUCCGCCGGUAUUCGAGAGUGAUUGCCUGAUAUUCUAUAUUCAAGAGAAUAGUCCUAUCGGUACUACCGUAGGUGAAAUAUACGCGCAUGAUCCAGAUGAAGGCGCGAAUGCUGUCGUCCAUUAUUCGAUUAAAGGUGGCGACGACUCCAACAGCUUCUCCCUUGAAACCCGCCAAGGUUCCGACAAAGCAGAACUAAUAACCAUGGUUGACCUUGACUAUGAGAGUCCUAGAAAGAAGUACGAGCUCAUCAUAAGAGCAGCUAGCCCCCCACUGUGGAAUGACGUCAUAGUGGAGAUCCUUGUAACAGAUGUGAAUGACAACGCGCCAAUGUUGAAGGACUUUCAAAUAAUAUUCAAUAACUAUAAGGACUGCUUUCCUGUUGGACCUUUUGGCAAAGUCCCGGCGUAUGAUGCUGAUGUUACUGAUAAGCUACAAUAUCGAAUCCUCUCGGGUAACAACGCAAAUCUCGUGCUUCUGAACGAAACCACCGGCACCAUGACGCUGUCACCUCAGUUGAACACAAACGUACCUAAGCUUGCUACUAUGGAAAUAUCGGUCACAGAUGGCGUCAAUGAAGUUAAAGCCAUGAUGCAACUUCUGGUCAGGCUGAUAACAGAAGAGAUACUGUUCAACUCCAUAACAGUUCGUCUGAAUGACAUGACAGCCGAACAGUUCUUGUCGCCAUUGCUGGCCUUCUUCAUAGACGGGCUCGCGGCCAUCAUACCCUGCCCGAAGGAGAACAUCUACAUUUUUAGUGUACAGGAUGACACAGAUGUCACAGGGAACAUCCUUAACGUAUCCUUCUCAGCGAAGAGACCCGACGCAGAAGUUGGCAUUGGAGGCGAUACGUCGCAGUACUACUCGCCUACCCACUUGCGCGAACGAGUUUACUUGCAUCGCGCUACACUCGCCAGGCUUGCCACUGUACAGGUCUUACCGUUUGACGACAACGUCUGCGUCCACGAGCCCUGUCUCAACUAUGAAGAGUGUCUCACCGUGCUCAAGUUUGGGAACGCAUCGGGUUUCAUCAAUAGCGACACUGUACUUUUUCGGCCAAUAUAUCCCGUCACCACAUUCACGUGUAAAUGUCCUCAAGGAUUUACGGGUUCUCGGGAGCACUAUAUGUGUGACACCGAGGUAGACUUGUGCUACUCCUCACCGUGCAAGAACAACGGAACUUGCGUGCGCCGCGAAGGUGGCUACACUUGCGUUUGUGGAGCUGGAUUCACUGGGGUAAAUUGCGAAACGAUCCUGACCAAAGCGACAUGUGACAUGAACGGCGAUGGCAGCGUGUGUCGCAGCGGUUCACAGUGUGUAGCUAAGCGAGAAGGCGGGAUCUUAUGUCAAGGGUGUACAAUCGACGUGGCUUAUACCACUGCAAUGUGCGAACUGAGAGCCAGAAGCUUCCCUACGACAUCGUUCUUGACUUUUCCCGGCCUUAAGAGAAGACAUCGCUUCCAUUUGAAACUCAAAUUUGCAACACAAACAACCUCUGGCCUCCUCCUCUACAACGGGCGAUAUAACGAGAGACACGACUUUAUAUCGCUCGAAAUCAUAAGCUCUGGCGCAGGCGCGGACGGAGGGCCGGGGAUUCGAUUCACGUUUGCUCUAGGAGGGGGCAAGACUGAAGUCACAGUGGAGGGAGAUAUCGCUGAUGGCGUCUGGCAUACUGUUGAAGUGGAAUACUUUAAUCGGACCGCAACAAUGAUUUUGGACGAUUGCGACAAAGCACUAUCGCUGGCGGGCGCCGCUGAGUUUGGCAUUAAAUAUGCGUGUGCUAAUUUCACGAGAAAAGUACUGCCGCCGCGUUGUGAUAUUCCCACUGAGACUUGCCACAGCAGAUUCCUCGACUUAACCGGACCUCUACAAAUUGGCGGACUCCCGAACAUCCCGAGUAGUUUUCAAGUGAAGAAUAAAGACUUCGUCGGCUGUAUAUCGGAUCUAUUUGUCGACCACAAAUUUAUUGAUCUGAAUAGUUUCGUAUCAGACAAUGGGACACUGGCAGGGUGUCCAGAGAAACGAUCUCAGUGCAACAGUGCUCCGUGUUACAAUGACGGCGAAUGUCUUGAUCUAUGGGAUACCUUUCUGUGUAAAUGCAACGAAGGGUACACGGGAAAAGACUGUGCCGACUCCACAUCACCCCCAUGGCGCUUCAGUGGUGACGGCAUGCUGUCAUUUAACCCUCUGCUUCGUCCCAUACAACUGCCGUGGCUCAACGCGCUGUCUCUACGCACGAGACAACAAGACGCCUUUCUUAUGUCCGUACAGAUUGGACAGAAUAGCAGCGUUAUUAUAACUUUGAAAUCUGGCCUCCUACACUACUCAUACAACGGUGAAACGAUGUUCCUUCCAUCCACCACUCUUGCCGACGGAUCAUGGCACCGUAUUGAAAUCAAAUGGCUCGGUACUGACAUAUCUGUGAGCAUAGAUUACGGACUUCGCAACGCAUUGCUACCAAUGCUGGCCAAUAAAAUACAGGGCCAGUAUAUCGGGAAGAUACUCAUUGGUGGAUUGGACACGACCGCUGGUCUGCUGGCUUCCGAUGUUGGAUAUUUUGAGGGGUGUAUACAGGAUGUGCGCGUUGGAACAGCUCAGUCACUUCUAAAUCGACCGACCGUUCGAGAAAACGUUAGAGAUGGAUGUCAGUCGCGUGCGGACUGUAUGCUGUCUAUUUGUCCACCUUAUAGUAAAUGUGAAUCUUCAUGGGACCACACGCAGUGUGUUUGCGACACGGGCCGGCUGGGUCCGCAGUGCGUAGCGGCGUGCGACCUAAGCCCGUGUGGGGAGCACGCGCUCUGCGUACCCAACGACAGUGAUAAAGGAUACUCUUGCAGCUGCUUCGUGGGGUAUAUGAUGACAGCGCAAGGCUGUGUAGAGGAGGAUGGACAAGAAUGUCCUAGUGGUUGGUGGGGAUCGCGCCGCGGUGCUUGCGGGCCGUGCGCAUGCGACGCUCGAGGUUUGCAUCCGCACUGUGACACCGGUACUGGAAAAUGUAGAUGCAAGGAAAACCACUACAAGCCCCUAGGAUCGGAGCAGUGCAUCCCAUGUCAGUGUUACGCCGCCGGUUCACUCAACGGGUCGUGUGAAACACUUUCCGGACAGUGCUACUGUCGCAGUGGAGUUAUUGGGCGUGCUUGCGAUUCCUGUGCCAACCUCUAUGCUGAGGUCACGCCUAAUACUGGAUGCAAAGUUGUAUAUGAUGGGUGUCCAAGGUCAUUUUCACACGGAGUAUGGUGGCCACAGACGAAAUUUGGAAUCGAAACUAUCACUGACUGUCCUACAGGAUCUAGCGGAAAAGCGACUCGCAUGUGCGAUAAAACUCAAGUGAUACCGUGGCAAGUUCCAAAUAUGUUCAAUUGCACUACAUCUACAUUCUACCAAUUGAGGAAACAGCUGCAUAAAAUAGAAACGGGAGAGUUGCAAGUGAACACGUUCGUCGGUGUUCGCCUGGCGGAAGACUUGGCGAAUGCGUGCGCGAACACCCCAAAUCUGUUCGGGGCCGAUGUUCUAGUUGCUGAGGGGAUAUUAUUGGAGCUGAUACAGUAUGAGUUGCGGCAAGCUGGGCUGAACCUUACGCAUAGCCAGGAUAAGGACUAUGUUCGAAACAUAAUUAAAUCCUCAAACACGAUACUAAACAAUAAAUACGAGAAAGAAUGGCGCCGUAUAAGAGAGCUCACGGGCCGUGGGGUGGAGCAUUUAUUGCAACAGUUCGAUAAAUACAUCGCAGUACUCGCGGAAAGUCAACACGACACGUACACGAGUCCCUUUGAGAUCGUCACCACAGAUUUAGUCAUCGGUGUGGACAUAGUGACAGCAGAGUCUAUCUACGGCUUCGAACCAACGACACUCAACCGUUUCGGAGAUUCAUACACUACUGAACGCGUGAUAUUACCAGAUACAUCUUCCUUCAUUCAUUCUCCUAUACAAACGCCAGGAUAUUAUGGCAUUGGUAAAGCAAAGAAUAAGAAACCCUCUAGUCCUACCGUCUCUUUUCCAAAAUACAACAAUUAUGUCAAGAGCAAGAACAAGUUUGACAAAUUUUCGAGAGUUCUCCUACCGUUGGACUUGAUUGGAAUCAAUAAUGCACAAGAAACGAACUACGAAUCCCGAGCCGUAUUCUCCUACUUGCAAUACUCACGGAACACCUCACAACUCAUGCCUCUAAGAAUGGACGAGUCGGUGAGUCGGCGAUGGGGAGUCAAUAUUACUUUAGGAUCGCCGAUACUGCAAGUGGCUUUAUUCGUACCCGAGUUUGUAUGGGCUAGGGAGACGAAGGAGGCCGAUGACAAUGCUAUUGAAAACAAUAUGGAUGACCUUGAAGGAAUAACAUACAGUAACAAAGGUCAUCCUCACCCAGAUCAUUUAAACAACCAAAUAUCUACCAACGAACAUUCAAAACAAGACACAUGGCCUCAAACAGAUGACGAAAAUUCAAAUCAUGAAAAUCAUGGACCAGUAGUUAUACAACCAGCGUACAAGAAAGCCGAUAAAUCUUACAACGACAACUUCCAAGAAAAUGAUUCCUCUUAUGUCGCGGAGAGGUUGGAAAAUUCCGAUGGACCUAAAGUCCUAGCCCUGAUUAUGGACAAUGAUAAAAACAAAGAAUUUAAUUCCACUAAGGAGGUGGGGAAGAAGAAGUUGUUGUACAAAAGUUUGAACAGUGUGAGAUUAAAGAAACCGAUAAGGUUGCAGUUGUGGUUGGAUAUCAACAGAGAAACUUUCGGUUCUAGAACUAACCCGCAAUGUGUUCAUUGGUCAACCUUGAGAGGGUCAGGGGAAUGGUCCCGAGUUGGCUGUCACACCGAAAUUGAUUACGAUUGGUCUCCGUACUCUGAUGAACCAUUACUCAUAAACUGCACUUGCAAUCACCUUUCAACGUUCGCCGUUUUAGUCGACGAAGUUGAUAUUGAAUUCAUUCCAGAGCCUUCUCUCCUAGAAUCAGUGACAUCCUACACUGGAUUUAGCAUAUCCCUUCCGUUACUACUGUGGACGUGGGCAGCAUUAUGCCUCAUGCGCGGCGGAGCAGCGACUGUAUCUAAUUCGAUACACAAACAUCUGAUAUUCUGCGUGUUUAUGGCUGAACUCCUAUACUUGAUUGCUUUGAAAGCGCGGAGUUCUUUAGUUCAGAAUGAGUUCGCGUGUAAAGUUGUGGCGAUGGGCCUCCACUACUGGUGGGUGUGCGCGCUCGCGUGGGCGGCGUGCGACGCGUGGCAGCUACGUCGCCUAGUGCGCGAGUUACGCGAUGUCAACCACGGACCGCUCGCCGCGCAGUUAGCCGCAGCGUACGCCGCGCCAGCGGUCGCACUCGCACUCGCGGCCGCACAGCACCAGCAUCAAUACGGAAAUGCGCUUUUUUGCUGGGUCAGCUGUCACGAGGCAGUGGUGUGGUGGGUGGUGAUACCGGCGGGUAUAUACGCACUGGCUGCACUAGUCUUCCUAGCGGGAGCCACUCGCGCUGCUUUCACUGUCCGGGACCACGUUAUCGGAUUUGGGAAUUUAAGGAUGCUUCUAGCAAUCAGCAUAGUUUGUCUACCGCUGCUAUGCGUUGCCUGGGCCAGUGGUCUGAUACUGGGCAGCGAAUCGGGCGACCGAAGAAACGUUCUCAGUUCAGUUUUAGCCGGCGCGGUCGCUUUGCACGCAGCCGCGGCUUCGCUGGGAUACAUCGCUUUCAAUAUUCGAGUGCGGGAUAAUUUAAAGAGGACGAUUUUGAGAUGUCUUGGCAAGAAAGUUCCACUUGCAGACACUUCCAUCAUAAUAAGCACGAGCGCUCAAAAUCUCUCGCAAGUGAACAGAUCAGCUCUCGCAUACCACAGCAGCACGGAGCCGGGUCGACAACUUCGCAACAUAGGAAUAUCGGCCUCUUCGACUACCUCUAGAUCUACUACCAAAACCAGUUCCAGUCCGUACAGCCGCAGCGAUGGUCAAUUGCGUCACACGAGCACAUCCACGUCAAACUAUAACACUAGCGCGAGCGACAUGCCGGCGUAUUUGAGAGGAUUCGACUCCUCACUGCAUACUCGGAAAGAAGACGAAGGUCGCCGACGUCGUAAAAACCGCGGCGAAACCGAAGAGGCAACAGAAGGAACUGAAGGGACAGAAGGAACUGACAGUGAGAGCGAGGCGUCUGCCCGCAGUCUCGACCUUGCCUCGAGCCACUCUUCUGAUGAUGAUGACACUACUUCCAGAAGAUCCAGCCAUCCACCUUCCGCACACCGAGACCGAGGUACGAGCGGCACGGGAGGAAGCUAUCUUCCAAAUAUCACAGAAGGAGCACCAUUAGCAAUUACUCCGAGAUGGCCAUCCCACAUUAGAGACGAAUCUAACCGACCGGAUAUGGGUAGAUGGUCCCAAGAAACCGGAUCCGAAGAUGGUGGUAACCCUGGAGGUGCAUCGCCGUCCCCUAACCCACUACCUAACCCGGAUCUGACGUCCGAUGUGUAUCAACUUAGCCGACAUCGCAUGAAGCCGUCUAUACUGGAAAAUGUGCAUGACACAUACGUAGCAAGCGUAGAUGCGUCGAGAUUACCUCUUGAUAAUAGAUACGGUGUGAUGGAGGACGAAUUAAUGUACGGUGUCAUGUCUAGCGACGCUGAGAAGCAAAUGCCGUACGACCCCAAUUACCCUAUCUCGCCUACGAUGUACCGACUACCAACCAACCCUUACGGCUCCAAAACCUAUUUAUCAUCACGCACUUCAGAUUAUGGGUAUAGUCCUACAAAAUACUUGACUACGGAACCGAGCGUGUAUGGUUCCAGAGAUUUCCGGGAUUCCAGUGUAACAACAAGGGAGCAUGAUGGUUACCCUCCACGGGAUUUCCGCGAUUCUGGGAUAGCGACAAUGCUGAAGAAUGACUACCAGAGGAAGAUGGAACAUUACGAGUACAGUGAUAGAAUGUCGGACGGUUCGGAUAAACACCAUCCGCACGAUAAAUAUCUGUUUCCGUAUACAGCGGAGGAGGAUCACAUAAGCGUGCGCGGUACGCAGUCACCACAUCGUCUCAAUAGCGAGUCACACGCAGGCGACGGUCAACAGCCAAUGGGGGCACCUCUUGCGAGCAUGGGUGAAACGAGCGAGAAAUCUACUACUGAAGACGACGCCGAGACGAGAGUGUAAUAAGAUCACAAUAUAGUACAAGAUUUCCAAUGAAUCUCAAUUAGUUAAUUAAUUUAUUUGACUAUUAUAUUUUGUAAAAUAAACAUAUUUCAUCAUAGUUUAGCUGUUAUAUCUACGAAGACUGGCGCAUACUCAGUGCUCACUGCCAUAGAUAAUACAGACCUGUCAAAUAAGUUUUAGACCUGUUCGAGGGCUAGAGUUGUAUGACAUUUGCAGUUGUAGAAUUAAUAGUCUUAAAACUUCUAAAUACUUUUCGCUGUUGCUUUAUUAUCUUAUGGGUUAGGAUGUAAGCACCAAAAGUUAUUCAUCCUACAAACCAAUCAGAUUGUAAAAAGUUGUCAAAUAUCAAUCAUUUGAUUAGCUUUGGCAAAGUACAUGAUAAUUAUAAAAUACAUGAUAAAUAACAGCAGUGAAAUGUAUGGCUUGACUACAAUUAUGUUCCUACUUCCUAGACCUUCUACAACUACAGGUAGUUAAAGCUUUUUAAUAGACUGCUUUUGACAGUUCUAUUCAACGUUAUAUAUGUACGUUAUUAAAUAAAACUUGUAAAAUUUUGCAUUCGUUCUUAUGUAAAAACAUGACUACUUUCAAAAAAAAUAUUUAAAAAAAAUUAAACCGCUCAAAAGUAGCGUAUUGAAAUGGUUGGAUUUUAGAUGACUUUUCAUAUUAACGAUUAUUUCAAAUAGAUUUUCUAUGCUUUAAGUAGAAUAGUUGCCA